CCUCGGUGUGAGCGCGUGCUGCCCAGCCUGGUCCCCGCCCCCAGACACGCUGGGCUCCCGGGGCACCGCGGCCAUGUGCUCGUUAGCGUCAGGAGCCACCGGCGGCCGGGGCGCUGUGGAGGAUGAGGAGGACCUGCCAGAACUGUCGGACAGCGGUGACGAGGCCGCCUGGGAGGAUGAGGAUGAUGCUGAUCUUCCCCACGACAAGCAGCAGACCCCCUGCCUGUUCUGUAACAGGUUAUUCACAUCUGCUGAGGAAACAUUUUCACACUGUAAGUCUGAGCAUCAAUUUAAUAUUGAUAGCAUGGUUCAUAAACAUGGACUUGAAUUUUAUGGAUACAUUAAGCUAAUAAAUUUUAUUAGACUUAAGAAUCCUACAGCUGAGUAUAUGAAUUCCAUUUACAACCCAGUGCCUUGGGAAAAAGAAGAAUAUUUGAAACCAGUAUUAGAAGAUGACCUUUUACUUCAAUUUGAUGUAGAAGAUCUUUAUGAACCGGUGUCAGUACCAUUCUCUUACCCCAAUGGACUCAGUGAAAAUACAUCUGUUGUUGAAAAAUUGAAACAUAUGGAAGCCAGGGCAUUGUCUGCUGAAGCUGCAUUAGCUAGAGCACGUGAGGAUCUGCAAAGAAUGAAACAAUUUGCCCAAGAUUUUGUGAUGAACACAGAUGUCAGAACCCGCUCAUCAUCUACUAGUGCCAUUGCAGACCUUCAGGAGGAUGAGGAUGGUGUUUAUUUCAGCUCCUACGGGCAUUAUGGGAUACACGAAGAAAUGCUAAAGGACAAAGUACGAACAGAAAGCUACCGAGAUUUUAUAUACCAAAACCCGCAUAUCUUUAAAGAUAAGGUAGUUUUGGAUGUUGGGUGUGGAACUGGAAUUCUCUCUAUGUUUGCUGCUAAAGCUGGAGCAAAGAAGGUUCUUGGAGUUGAUCAAUCCGAAAUACUUUACCAGGCAAUGGAUAUCAUAAGGUAG